AUGCAAAAUGAGGAUGCCAAGAAGAUCAAGAAGAAGACGAAAAAUAAGUUCAAAGCUGCCGUUGAGAUAGGCGAGGAAAAUUCACCGGAACCCGCGCUCGCAGCGAAUGACCACGACGACAAGCCGAAAGCGAAGAAGCGGAAGACGGAAAAUGGGCAGCCAAAGGAAGCGCAGCCGGGGCCUAGCGAGAAUCUACAGGCCGGUAGUGGUGCGUGGAAAGUGAUACCCGAUGGCAUACGAGUGAUCAACUAUACACUCAGCCCGAAGUUCCGCGCCGCCCGGCAAUUGUUUUUGAAGCAGGUUCCCCGAGAAGAUAAUGCCGUGGUUGUCGCCAACGUGUCGCCGUUGGUUAGCUUGGAAAUCCUCACGUCAAUCGUCGCCCAUCUGGCCGGUGCUCAGCCCGCGCAAGCGCAUUUUCAGAGAAGCACAGCGCUGGACGGUGAUUUGGAACAGGGCCAGCGCACGGCCAAGAUCAUCUUCGAAUCGGCGGCCCUCGUUCAGGCGUUGCUCCAGCGGACCAUCAGUUGCGGAACAUUGUGCGCCGCUGAUUUCGGAGAGCUGGAGACGAAAGCCGUGUAUGCAGAACUCUGCGACGAGUACCGCAAGCAGUUCACGCCAACCGCCGAGAUGCAGGACAGCAUAAACGCUUACGUGCAGGAUUAUGACGCACGCGUUGCAUUGGAGAAACGCCUGGCGAAGAAGGGCCGAACGGAGCCGGAUGACGAGGGAUGGGUCACGGUUACGGCGGCCACGAAGAAGAAGGCGAAGGCGGUGAAGCUAAGAACGGGCGAGAACACGAUCAUGGGCAGUCUGAAGAACAAGGACAAGAAGAAGCAGCCCUCGCUCCCGUUCUACACGUUCCAAAUGAAGGAAGGCAAGAUGAAGAAAAUGGAGGAGUUGCGCGCCAAAUACGAGGAGGACAAGCAGCGCAUCGCCCAAUCCAAGGCCGCCAGAACGUUCAAGCCAUUG